AAAAUCGCUAUUUCACUGUUUUCAAUAUAAAAAUCGCCGAACUGGUUUGUUUAAAGUCCAAAAUUUAGCUCUAAUGGCGGCUGAAUUUUCAACAAAAAAUAAUUCCAGGCUUGAGAGAAUUCACCAGAAAUUUAAAAAUUCUGUUGAAAAUGGUAAAUUUUAUGAGGCUAGUCAAAUGACGAAAACACUAUAUUUUAGGUAUAAGUCGCAAAAAAAAUAUGAGGAUGCAGAGUACAUUCUUUAUGACAGUGUGAUUAUCUUAUUGGAACACAAUCAGCAUGAGAGCGCAUUUGAUUUAGGAAGACUUCUGGUAAAACUUUAUACUGAAACAAAAAAAAACAUUUCAGAUGAAUCUCUUGAGAAAAUUUGUAAAAUAUUAUCACUUAGUUCAAAGUCUUCUGAAAGCAGAAAUGAUUACAUCAGUGAAGCCCUAAGUUGGUCUUCUCAGGAGGGAUAUAAGUAUGGUCAUCCACAGCUACACUCUGUUAUUGCAAAUAAAUAUUGGCAAGAAAAAGAUUAUCAUAGUGCUAGAAAACAUUUCUCUUACACUAAUGAUGGUUGUCAGUGUGCUAUGUUUCUCAUUGAGUAUCAUAUACUGUCUGGUUUUCCUGGGGAAAUAGACCUUUUUGUAACUCAAGCUGUUCUUCAGUUUUUAUGUCUAAGAAACCAGCCGACAGCAAACACAACUUUUAUUAAUUAUACAUCAAAUCAUCCUGGUAUUCACCGAACAAAUUAUCCAUAUAAACAGCCAUUGUUAAAUUUUAUUGCAUUUUUAUUGCUUAUAAUUGAAAAAGGAAAUGUUGAACAAUAUGCAAUCUUAUGUGAACAUUAUCAACCUUCUAUUCAUAAGGAUCCUACUUAUUCACAAUAUUUAGACAAAAUUGGUCAAAUAUUUUUUGGUAUACCUCCUCCAAAAAAAGAAAAGUCUGGUAUCUUUGGAUUAUUAGACAACUUAAUGGAAUCAAUGUUUUCAACAGAAUCUAGUGAAGAAACUGAAAAAAUGGCAGUUGUAGCAGAAGAAGUUGAUUAAUCUUUUUAUAUUCAACUUUUAAUGUUAGAAGUAUUAUUUGUUGAAAUUUUUAAAUUGAAAAGUCAAAUUU